AUGGACAAUACUGUGCUAAUUGUUCUGGGAAUGGCUGGGAGCGGAAAGUCCACGUUCUGCCACAGGCUGUACUCGUGGCUCUCUGAGAAGAACCUGAAGAUCGACAGCAGAACAGGGCUGAACGAUGCAGUGUGCGGGAUCAACUUGGAUCCAGCAGCUGCAACGGUGAAAAUGCCUCUGCACUACGAUAUCAGAGACACUGUGCAGAUACACGAUCUAAUGCAGCAGAAGAAACUAGGCCCUAACGGCGCCAUACUCACAGCGCUCAAUCUUUUCGUCACGCAAAUAGACACUUUUAUAUCGCAGAUAGUAGAGCUAGGCCCAAGAUACACGGUGAUUGAUACGCCCGGGCAGAUAGAAAUGUUUACCACAUCGAUAUCAGGACAGAUACUCACACAGUGUCUAUCAAGAACCAAAGGAAUUCGCGUGAAGAUGGUGUACGUAGUUGACGGAGAAAAGGCGCAGAGUCCGCAGUGCUUUAUAAGCAAUAUGCUCUUCGCGACCUCGAUCCACUACAGAUUCAACGAACAGCUGCUUGUGGUGGUGAACAAGUCAGACAUGGAAGGCUCUGAGAAAAUCGAAGAGUGGGCAUCAAGUUUUGAGACUUUUGCAGCAGAUCUUCCAGAAGAGGAAAUGAGUACUCCUCUGACGCGGUCUAUUGCGCUGUGGAUGGAAGAGUUCUACAGCAACUUCAGCCUUCUGCACGUAUCAGCUGCCACGGGAAUGGGGAAGCGAGCUCUCAUUGAAGAAGUAGACAGAAGAGAGCCAGAUGAACAGGAGGAGACUGAAAAUAAAGAAGAGAAAUCAGCUGAAUGUUUGCAGGGCAAAGAAGAGAGCCAGAAAGACACAGUUAUACAAAGCAUUCUUGAAACGCUCAAAAGAACAACCAUUCUCUGCUCGUCUGGUAAGAAGGAAGAUGAAGAUGAAAGUGAUGAAGAGACUAAAGAGGACACGGAGGUAAAUACCCAUGAUAAAAAUAAGGCAGAGAGCAUAGACCACAGCAAUAGAUAA